GCACAACCGUCAUGAUGCCGUAACGUGAACGCACUCGCACGGAGCUGCUUCUGAGUCUCUAGUGCUGCAGUCGACACGCUUCUUGAGAAAUUGCGUCCUCCAGAUGUUCGAUUGUCUGCCCUCAACGAUGGCGAAAGGCUCAGCUCUCUAGUUGAUAGGUUUACAGUGUAGACGACUUCUGUCUGGUUCAGCAUUCUUAUAAAAUCCCCAUUCACAAAAAGAAGGAAACAUGGGGAAGGGCUUCAACAACUACAUGUGCAAGAAAUUCUUUCAUCCUUCAUCCAGGGAUAACCUUAAACGGGUGUGGAUGGCAGAACAGAAAGCAGACAACUAUCGUAGAAAGCAAGAUGAAUUACGCCUUCAGUAUGAGAAAGAGCAGGAGCUGUAUAAUAAUAAGAUGUUGUUGAGCAAAGAGUCCAAAGAUAAGCUGAGUCUGGGCUUCAUGUAUGAACCACCUGCUGGAGUGAAAGAGCGCAAGAAGGAAGAUGAUGAACCAGAAUAUAAAUUUGAAUGGCAAAGGAAGUACAAUGCCCCAAGAGAAGAUUACUGCAAAGGAGAUCAAGAAGUACGAGACCAGCCAUUUGGGAUCUUAGUGAGAAAUGUCCGCUGCAUCAAAUGUCAUCAAUGGGGACACAUUAAUACAGAUCGGGAGUGCCCAUUGUGGAACAAGGCACCAGAUGAUGUGCACCUUCAAAUCACAGAAACUGACCCCUUGCAACUAAUGAAACAGCUCCGUGAAGAGAAAGGUCUUCAGAUUAAGCCUUCAAUCAUAGGAGAAUUUCAAGAUCCUUGUGCCUCAACACAAAAUGUACCCUCUGAAAGGGCAGAAUCUGAACAACAAGAUGAGGAGAAGAAGGAGAUGGAAUUCCUUCAAUCUCUUUCUACAAAAGAGAAGAAGAAACUCUUGAGGCAAGUUGAUAAUCCACCCAUGAAAUUGGAGAAAAUGGAGAAGGAAAAGAAGAGAAAGAUGAAGAAGCGGAGGAAGAAAAAGGAACAUGUGAAAUCGGAGACUGACAGCAGUAGUAGUUGUGAACGGAAGAGGAGGGAUAAAAAGCAGCUCAAGAGAAAGAUGUCAAGAGCCUCACCAGAAGAAGGGAAGAGAAGGAAGAAGAAAAAAGACAGGGAAAAGCGGUAGAAGUUGGUAAAGAAGAUCAGGGCUUGCAGUGGAUGAAGUUGGAUAUAUUCCCAGAUUGUGGUGCCACAUUGUCAUCAUAUUCAGGGAGUGGCACACAUGCUGAGAUGUAUUUCCUUGUUGACCAUGAAUGACUUAUUGCAUGAUAGGGGAAGAAAGACUGAAGCAAAAUACAGAUGCCAAUGCAAAAUAAAAGAAACUGUUCCAUUGUUCAAUCCAGGGCCAGGGUGACAAUUUGAGUAAAAAAAAAAAAACCAA